AUGUUAAGGAACGGUGUUCGGAGAUUGUACUCUAACAUCGCUAGAACAGAUAAUUUCAAGCUUUCGUCACUAGCGAAUGGACUGAAAGUGGCAACGUCAAAUACUCCUGGACAUUUUAGUGCCUUAGGACUAUACAUUGAUGCUGGAUCCCGGUUUGAAGGUAGGAAUUUGAAAGGCUGUACCCAUAUUUUGGAUAGGCUCGCAUUCAAAUCAACCGAGCAUAUCGAGGGCAGAGCAAUGGCAGAGACGUUGGAGUUACUGGGUGGGAAUUACCAGUGUACCUCGUCCAGAGAAAAUAUGAUGUACCAGGCUUCCGUUUUCAACCAGGACGUGGGUAAGAUGCUAAAAUUAAUGUCAGAAACCGUGAGGUUCCCUAAGAUUACUGAACAAGAACUUCAAGAACAAAAGCUUUCUGCAGAGUAUGAAAUCGAUGAAGUUUGGAUGAAACCUGAACUGGUGUUACCUGAGCUGUUGCACACAGCAGCAUACUCCGGAGAGACUUUGGGAUCCCCUUUAAUCUGCCCUAGAGAACUCAUUCCUUCCAUUUCUAAAUACUACUUGUUGGAUUACAGAAAUAAAUUCUACACCCCAGAAAAUACUGUCGCGGCAUUUGUUGGUGUUCCCCACGAAAAGGCCUUAGAGCUUGCAGACAAGUAUUUUGGUGAUUGGCAAUCUACCCACCCUCCAAUCACCAAAAAGGCUGCCCACUACACAGGUGGUGAAAGUUGUAUUCCACCAGCCCCCGUGUUUGGGAAUUUACCAGAAUUAUUCCACAUCCAGAUCGGAUUUGAAGGUCUUCCUAUAGAUCAUCCAGAUAUCUAUGCUUUAGCAACAUUACAAACUUUACUUGGAGGUGGUGGCUCAUUCAGUGCUGGUGGGCCGGGAAAGGGAAUGUAUUCUCGUUUGUAUACUCAUGUUUUGAAUCAGUACUACUUUGUUGAAAAUUGUGUUGCGUUCAACCAUUCUUAUUCGGAUUCAGGUAUUUUCGGUAUCUCAUUAUCUUGCAUACCACAAGCAGCUCCGCAAGCAGUUGAGGUAAUUGCACAGCAAAUGUAUAACACAUUCGCUAAUGAGGAUUUGAGGUUAACUGAAGACGAAGUCUCUAGGGCUAAAAACCAACUGAAGUCUUCAUUACUAAUGAAUCUAGAGUCAAAGCUGGUAGAAUUGGAAGAUAUGGGUAGACAAGUGCUCAUGCAUGGCCGCAAGAUUCCAAUUAACGAAAUGAUAAGUAAGAUUGAAGAUUUGAAGCCGGAUGAUAUCUCACGUGUCGCCAAAAUGAUAUUUACUGGUAGUGUAAAUAAUGCUGGCAAUGGUAGAGGUAAAGCUACCGUUGUAAUGCAAGGAGAUAGAGAAUCUUUUGGCGAUGUGGAGAAUGUACUGAAGGCAUAUGGACUGGGUAAUAGUUCCUCCUUCAAAAAUGAUAGCCCCAAGAAAAAAGGUUGGUUUUGA